UUUUUUCAAAACAGAAAAAAACAGUUUAUCUAUUUGAUUAGGUGAUAUAACAAGUACGAUGAUAUAGCAACUUAAAAUAGUAUAAAUAUGUACACACUAGUAUUGCCGUUGCAUUUAAGUGAACAGCGUGUGCUAAUAGUGAGAAUUAAUUGUCAGAAAUGUCUUGCGGUUCCUGCGUUGGUUAUGCCAUCGCUAUUCUUGCCGUGGCAGUUACCGCCCUCAUAGCUUACUUUAAAUGGACCUACCAGUACUGGGAGCGAAAAAAAGUUCCCUACUUCAAACCGACAAUUCCAUAUGGCAACGGAAGCAGUCCACUUAGACGCAAAGAGAACUCGGGCAUACGAAUAGCACGUUUGUAUGCAGAAAUGAAAGCCAAGGGAUGGAAGCACGGAGGACUUUUUUCAGUCUUAACUCCCGCGUACUUGGUUAUAGAUUUAGACUACCUGAAGAAUAUUAUGACAAAGGACUUUCACUAUUUUGUGGACCGGGGACUGUACUACAACGAAGACGCUGACCCUCUAAGUGCCCAUUUGUUUGCCAUAGGUGGCGAAAAGUGGCGAAAUUUGAGAACCAAAUUCACCCCAACUUUCACUUCCGGGAAAAUGAAGAUGAUGUUCCAAACCCUGGUGGACUGUAUCCCUAAUUUCUUGUCAAAAAUUGAAGCAGAUCGUGUGGCCAAAGCACCAAUUGAUAUUAAAGAGACUCUUGGAUGUUUCACCACUGACAUAAUUGGGUCGUGUGCCUUUGGUUUAGAAUUUAACACAUUCAAAGACGACGAUUCCCCUUUCAGGAGAUACGGUAGAAAAUUUUUUGAUCGUGAUAGACUCGUAGUGUUCAAAAAUCUUUUGGCAAUUAAUUUUCCUAACGUUGCGAAAAGGUUAGGUCUGGCGGUGAUUCCGAAUGAUAUUUCGAAUUUCUUCAUUAAGCUUGUCAAAGACACUGUUCACUACAGAGAGAAAAACAACUACAGUCGCAAAGACUUCAUGCAACUGCUGAUUGACAUCAAGGGUAACAAACUUGCGCCCGAAGGAGGGAACAAGUAUGACGGCAAAACGUUAACUCUUGAUGAAAUCGCUGCUCAAAGUUUCGUUUUUUUUAUCGCGGGAUUUGAAACUUCUUCCACGACCAUGGCUUUCGCUCUAUAUGAGCUUGCAAGACACCAAGAUAUACAAGAUAAGCUCAGAGAUGAAAUUAAUACCGUUUUGGCUAAACAUAAUGGGGAGAUUACUUACGAGUCCAUCCAAGACAUGAAAUAUAUGGAUCAAGUGAUAAAUGAAACAUUGAGGAAAUACCCGCCUCUGGCUUUCCUAACCAGAAAAUGUGUCAAAGAUUACAAAAUUCCAGAAGAGGGAGUGGUAAUAGAAAAAGGUACUAUGAUUUUCAUUCCAGUUCUGGGCAUUCAUCGCGAUAAAGAAUUCUAUCCGGAUCCAGAGAAAUUCGAUCCGGAGCGAUUUACUGAAGAUAAUAAGAGUAAAAGGCACCAUUAUGCUCACAUUCCGUUUGGAGAGGGACCCAGGAUUUGUAUAGGUGCACGUUUUGGUCUAAUGCAGUCAAAAGUGGGAUUAACUACUAUACUGAAACAUUACAAAUUUACAGUCAACAAGAAAACCAUACAACCACUCAAAAUGAAGAUCACCUCUAUUGUGUUAGCCGCGGAAGGAGAAAUUUGGUUAGAUGCGGAAAAAGUAUAACGAGGGCUCUUAUUUUAAAUCUAAGGUUAGCAUCGUUUUGGCUUACAUACAGAUAUUUUUCUUGCUAUAUUUUGUUUUACAAUACAUAAUGUAUCAAUGUAAUUUUUCUAAUUCUGUGAUGUUCGAAUUUAGUAAUAAAUCGGUAACCUUGUCAAUAAUUAACCUGAAAAAUCACUUCAAUAAUCACAUCGUGUGGUUUUCAACGAUACAUAUUAAUCUAGAGAAGGAUAUUUCCAAGAAGAUAGUGCAACUACAUAUAAACUGACACAACAAUGAUGUCCUUUUGAAAAAUUUUGAUAGACAAUACUUAACUUCUCACAUAUAGGGCACAGUUGAAGAUAUUACAGAAACAUUUUGAAAACACACAAAGCGGGAUCUAUUUGAGAGGAUAGGAAGAGGAUAAUUCGGUGGGUGUUGAAGAAGAGAGACGACAUUUUCGACGCCCAGUUUUCCUACACUUCAUUUGCACGUGAUUAUUAACUGUGUUCAUCGUGAUGCACAGACAACAGACUCUAGUAUCAAUUAGGUAAUGACUGUUAUGCCCUAAUCGAGUUAUCACAUCCUGUUUAGAUUAUAUAAAUAAACUGCAGUGAAAUAUU